AAAUAAAUCUAAAAAUUAGAAAUGCGAAAGUAUUGCUAUCACUUCCAUGUCGGGUUUAGUCGGUUGCCAUGACGUCUUUCUGGUAGUGACCAAUCAGCGCGUAGGAAAUAAUUAAACAUUUAUGAAAUUACUUUUCUCCAUUUUAUUUUAUCGAUCUUUAUUAUUCGAUAUUCGGAAACGUUUCGUAAAAAUGUUUUACUACCCAGCAGUUUUGAGAUACCGCACUGGAUGUUUUUCUACGAUUUGGCAAGUUGCAACAAGGGGUACAAGGGUUCCUCGCCGGGACUUCCUCAAAGUCAACGUAAUACGCACAUGUGUUGACGUCAUGAGUUACGUGCUGGAGCAGGUCCCGCCUCCAUACCCUGGUCUGCCGCGACCUCGCUUCUCUCUCUACCUGUCCUCCCAGCUCCAGUACGGCAUCAUCCUUGUCUAUCACCGGCAGUGUGCCAUUCUUCUGGAGGAGCUUCAUCACACUCUGAAGCAGCUGUUAAAACAGAGGCUGGGCCAGAAAAUAGACCUGGAUGACCAGACUAAACAAUCUCUGGUUCUUCCUGAUGCUCUCGCUCUCAUGGAAGCAGAACAAGGUCUGGACUCUUCAUUUGGAGUGAUUGGUAUGGAGCUGCCGAGUCCCACUGCACUCAUAUGGAUGGGUGAGGGGAAGUUCACGACUUCCUCUCCUGAACUCUCUCCUGAACUCUCUCCUGAACUCUCUCCUGAAUUAACCAGCCCUUCUGCUGCUGCUGCUGUUGCUGCUGCAGAAACAGGCCUGACUGCAUCUCCAGAGAGCAUCACUCUGAGAGAAGAGGAGCCUGUCACUGUCCCCAGAUCAGAGUUUGAAGGUGCAGAGCUCCCUGAACAGCUGUCUGAUAUUCUCGACCUGCUCAUGGCUCAAACAGAUUAUUUUGAAGGAGAGGUGCCGAGCGAGGAGACGACAGUGGGAGAGCAGCCUCCGGAGAUAGAGAGAGGACAAGAUGUGGAGAGAGAGAGAACACCUGACCUCACCGAGUCCACUGCUGAAUUGCUGCCUCACACUGUCUCCAGUGUAGAAGCCAUGUUGUUGCCUCAGGACGAGCCUUCUGUCUCGGAGGAGACACCAGGGCCACCUCCAGUCCAUCUGACCCCUCCAGGCCAUGUGACCCCUCCAGAACAUGUGACCCCUCCGACCAGUGUGAUCCUUCUGACCCAUGUGACCCCUCCAGCCCGUGUGACCCCUCCAGCCCUUCUGAUCCCCGUCCUUUCCUCACCUUCACCUGCCCCUCCUCCCCCUCCACCAGAGUUGGAGGAGGCGCCCCCUACAGUGCUGAAGAAGAAACGGGGGCGGCAGCUGAUCUUCUUCGACCCAGAGACGCAGAUCCCAAAUGAAGAGUUGGAGAACCAAAUCAACCAGCCUAUGACAGAGACCAGACCCCUGCCUAUCAUUCUGUCUCUGCCUCCGCCCACUGCUGCGGAGUUAUUCACCAGGCCGUGCACCUUCUUGCCUGAAGAGGCGCGGUAUCUAUGGGAACGAGCAGCGACUAUCACAUCCCUCCCCAGCUCAGACCUGCAGCUCGUCCAAAGAGGAUCUGAGUCCACAGAAUCAGAGAAGGAGAAGGAGGUGUUGGAGGUGUUGGAGGUGGAACAAGUGGAGCAGAGACGGAAGCUCAGCUCCAGAGAGGAAUCAAAAGAUCUGACGGAUUCAGAGAUGUUCUCAGGCCUGUUGCUGGACAGCACUGACCAGAGGGACGUAUCUGGAGAGAUCUCACCUCUGAUCACGUCAGACAGAGAAGGGUCAGUUGUGUCCAGGUUUGUUUCUGCUCUGGUGGACAUACCAGAGGUGGUGGGAGAGUCUCAGCAGAUUGGAGAGUCACUGCCUCCUGAACCUGCGUCGGCACCACUGCUUUUUCACUCUCUCCUGCCGCCAGAGGCCAACCGCAGAACUGUCAGCACCAUUUUCCGAAGGCUCCUUGAGAUUCUCUCAGAGAAGAAGGUGCGUGCGGAACAGGAUCAGCCUUUUGGUGACAUUAAAAUUCUACCUGCAACUUGAUGAUGAAGGGCUGGAUCUGCGGCUGCACGUUGACCUGUUCUGGUCUUUUUCUAUUGUUUCCAAAAUAAUAAGUGUUUUCUGAAAGUUUUUAAAAAAAGUUUUUACAAUGUUUGUAAUGUUUUUCUAUAGGAUCCCGAGCAUGAAUUGGCGUCAGAUUUCUCGUUGAUAAUGCAACUUUUUUCUCUGCUUCUACUGCAUGAUUUUUCCAGAGGAAUGUUUUUAAUGUUAUUAAUGUUUUUUAAAAUUGUUAUAGAAAUCAGCUCUUGUUACGUUGGAAAAAAAACCCAGUGUCUGUGAGUUCCCCUGACCAUGAACUUCAAUAUAAAAAAAUUCAUCAGAGUUA